UGCUUGGAAGGGUUCUGCUAGGCUUGGCCAACUGCUUCACCCUGCGGUGUCCCAGGCGCCUCCCCGCCUAGGCUUUGGCUAUAGGCCGGGGUCGGCGGAUAAUCUAACCGUAGGCUCCAGGUGGUGCAUUCUCCGACACUUGGACAGGACAAGGAAUAUAUAUUGGGCUGUUGACCAGGCGGGGCUAUGAACAGUCAUUUUUGGAUACCUUCUUGCGACAAACAACCCUUCCCUACCUCCACACGUGCCAAGCACCACCAAGGAACGCCAGGCAAGCAGAAGUUUGUGCAUACUGUAAUACUGUAUAACGACGAUCUUAAACAUGUGUUGAAACCGCUCAGGUGAUGCUGAUUCUUAUGUCUGAUGGCAUCCAUGGCAGUGUGUCAGACCUGGAGGCGGUCCGUUUGGCCAGUGGACCUUUACGGGAGGGAGGUCGCGAGGCGCCGGAGAAGGCGGCACGCCUGCUAGUGGAGGCGGCGCACACACGGGAUCCGAUGGACGACAAGACAGCGUUGGUGAUUUGGUUUGGUGAGAAGCCCGACAACCCCACUAGCACCGCCCUGAAUGCUCCGGAGGAGGAAGACCUCUUCGUGGCGGGCGAGGCUGCUGGGCGAGAAACCGUCGAGGUGGAGGCUCCAGUGGCUGCGGUGCAAGAAGAUGACAUGUUUGCAGAUGGAGCGGAUCCCAUGGAGAUGGCGCUGUUGGACGACAUUUUCGGUGCCUAUGCCAGAGACAUGGGUGUGGACAUGGACGGCACCUCCAAAGACCAAAAGCGGAAAGCAGAGGAGGUCAAGGAGAAGCGCAAAGGCAGCUCCAAGGCGGCCAAGAAGGUCUUUUAAUGAGCCAUGGCGGGCGCGCUUUUGUGUGUGAAUGGACUCUUGGCCGAAAAGGUUCAGGGAUUCAUUGCGCAUCCUUGUGCUGAUGUCUCCCAAAUUGAAAUCAAUUGUUGAAGCUGCAGUAUUGCCAGCAAGUGGACGAAGAUGCCUCGAGGGGUCAAACAUGC